AUGAAACGACGUCUUCUCCAAGAAGAGAUUACCUACUCUGCUGCCAAGGAUAAGGAAAUCAAUAUCCUUCACCGACUUGGAUACUUCGAGAAGCAAAACCAAUUUAUUGCUGAGCUGGUUGGUAGAGCUACAUGGAUAAAGGGAGUUAUCUCCCACCAUUUGAACAUUGACCCUGGGAAAUGCGAUAUAGCAGAUUCAGCAAAUUGGUUCCAGGGUAGCUUUAACCUAUGUAUCCCAGUUACUAUCCGAGACUGGUCGAGGGAGCAGCCUGGAAAUCGCGUUCUACUUCGAAUACCUCUUCCAUACAAGAUUGGCGAAACAUUCCGGCCAGGAAAUGCUGAUGAAAAGAUUAGGUGUGAGGCCGGUACAUAUGCAUGGCUCCAGGAAAAGCAUCCCAGUAUUCCUAUUCCACGGCUUUACGGAUUCUCACUGUCCUCGGGCGAAUCGUUUACUGCAAUAGAUAAUUUACCAUUCUUUGCUAGGUGCUAUCACUAUCUGCGUCGCCAGGUCUUUAUAUGGGUUGGCAGAUUUAUAUGGCCUCAACACGCAAUUCUAUCCCGGUAUAUCCGCCACUCACCUACAGCCCCAGCAGGCCCAGGCCCCGGAUAUAUUCUAAUAGAAUAUAUUGAGCCAAAUCAAGGAAGAAUGCUCUCGGAUACUUGGCUCCAAAAUUCAAACAAUACCGCGUUAAGGGCUACUCUAUUUCGCAGCCUCGCUCGUAUACUAUUGAGCCUUAGCCAUACUCCCUUACCUCGUAUCGGGUCAUUCAUUAUUGAUAAUAACGGCCUUAUUAUCUUAUCAAACUGGCCACUAACUCUUGAAAUUCAAGAGCUAGAGAAUGAAUAUAUUCCGACAAAUAUACUACGUAACUAUACGUACUCAACUUCUGAUUCCUAUCUUACCGAUAUAGUUAGCCUUCAUAAUAAUCGCCUUCUUUAUCAACCAAAUGCUAUAAAUGAUGGCUCUGACUAUAUUCAGCAAGUAACAACUCUUACAGCAAUGCGCGUUUCUAUUCCUCUUUUCUUCCGACAAGAACUACGUCGAGGUCCAUUUAUAUUCUCCCUUACCGAUCUCCACCAGAGUAAUAUUUUUGUUGAUCAGGAGUGGAAUAUUACCUCGCUUGUGGAUCUUGAAUGGGGAUGUUCUCUACCAGUUGAGAUGGUUCACCCACCUUAUUGGCUUACAAGCCAAUCCAUUACUACUAUUGAUGAGAAUAAAUACAAAGGGGUAUGGACAGAAUUUAUACUAAUCCUAUUGCAGGAAGACAAUAGCUAUCUUACGGAACUGCGACUAUCGACAAUUAUGUCAAAAGGAUGGGAGAGGGGCACAUUUUGGUAUUCGCUUGCCAUACAAAGCCCUACCGCCAUCUUCCAUCUAUUUAUCGAUAAAAUCCAAGGAAGACUUGGACAUGGCAAAUACAGCGACGAUCAAUACGGCCUUGUGAUGAUGUACCAUUGGGCAUUUAAUACCCACGAUAUUUUCAAACGAAAGGUGAAGGAAAAGGAGGAAUACGAUAAAAAACUUCGUGACGCUUUUAAUGUGCCAGAACACUAG